AUGGCCCGCGCCGGCGCCUCGGUCGCUGUGGCCACGGCCAGCUCGACUCGCAAGAGCGCAGCCGCAGUGGCCGUCGCGUGGGCUGAUGCGACCGCCGCCCCUGGCGCGACAGCAGCCAGCCGGCCGGCCAGCGCCGCGGCGCUGCAGGCGUGCGCCCGGGCUGCGUUGUGGCGCCGGGCGUUGCAGCUGUGGAGCGGGCUGCUGCGCGCACGUCUCGCGCCAGGCCUGGCGGGCGCGAGCGCUGCGAUCUCGGCCUGCGGGCGUCAGGCCAGGUGGCUGCAUGCCCUCCAGCUGUUCCAGGAGAAUGUGGGCGCCAGCGGCAGCAGCACCGACGUCGUGGUCUUGAACGCAACAAUCGCUGCCUGUGGGAGGGGCGGUCGGUGGCAAGAGGCCCUGCGGCUUCUUUGCAGCGCAGGGCAGCUGCGCCUGGACCCUGAUGCAAUCAGCUACAAUGCCACCCUGAGCGCGUGCGGCCACGCCGGACACUGGCUGACUGCCUUAGCCGUGCUUGACACCCUUCUCCGCCAGGGGCACCCUGCGCCAGACACGGGCAGCUUCGGCGCCGCGUGCGGCACUUGUGCCGCAGCGUCGCGCUGGCGGCACGCGCUACAGCUGCUGCGCCAGGCCGCUACCGCGCGGGUCUGCCCAGACACCGCCUGCUUCACGGCCGUCAUUGUCGCCUGCGCCCGCACUGCAGUCUGGUCGCACGCCGCAGGGCUGCUCCGCGUGAUGCGCCAAGGACACGGAGCCCCGAACGCGGUGAGCUUCAGCGCGGCGACGUGCGCCCUCGCGCGCGCCGCGCGCUGGGCCGAGGCGCUGGAGCUUCUUCGCGACGCUCGGCGGAGCCGAGUGGUGGCCAGCUUGGUGGGCGUAAGCGCCGCCAUCAGCGCCUUGAAGCUCGGGGGUCACUGGCAGGAGGCCAUUAGUUUGCUGGCGGAGCUGCAGGCCAGAUCGCAGGAGCUGGACAACGUUGCGCUGAAUGCCCUUGUGAGUGCUUGCACCAGGGGCACGGAGUGGGAGCUCUCCUGCCAGAUCCUCGCGAUGGCGACACGGUUUGACGAUGUUGGGCUGGGCGCCGCUGUUGGCGCUUGUGCGCGCGGCGCGCGCUGGCGGCAGGCGGUUCGAUUGCUGGCCGGCGCCAUGCAGCGUCGCGUUCCACCGGGCGCGGUGGCCUUCGCGGCUGCGGCGGCAGCGUGCGAGCUGGGCGGGCAGUGGCGCCAGCUGGGGGCAGCCGCAACGGCGCGACCCGUCGCUUUGUUGCGGCGCGGCUCCGCGACGGCCGCGGUGACCACCGAACGUGCUGCGCUCGCGCGCGCGCUGCCCGCGCUGCACGCCUUGCGCGGCGUGCGCGCGGAGCCCCCCCGCACGGCGCCCGUGGAAGAGCCGCUGGGGGAGCUGGUGGGCCUCGGCGCCGCACACGCGCGCGAGGCGCUGUCGCACGUGGGCGGCGGUCCACAAGGCGCCGCUCAGUGGCCCAUCGCUUGGGCGCAGGAGAGGCUCGCGGGCAGCUGCGGCGGCGCCUUUGUGAGCUGUCGCACCCCUCGGGGGCACCCGCGGAGCCCGAGCGAAGGGCGCUGGGCGCGGGGGCGUGGGCGUCCCUGGCGCUGCAAGGCCGGCGCGGCGCGCCGGCCCUCCUGCUGGCCGAGCUGGUGUGCAGAGGCGAGUGAGAGAGGCGAGCUCCGCAGCACUCCGAGCAGCGCCGCGCGCGCGGCGCCCGCGCCAGCGGUGCCCCGAGCCGCCGCCAUCGCCUCUCGCCGGCGGCGCCUCACGUCGCCGCAUGCCAUGAAACCCGUGCAGCACACUUCUGCCAAUCGGCUCCUCCGACCCCGGCUGGCGGCCUGGCGGGGAGGGGGGUACCACGGCGGAAAAGCGAAAAGCUUGGGAGGGAGGAGCGAGUAGGUCUUGAGUCCCACGCCGCGACGGCAAGUGCGCAGGGCUAGUCGUAGAGAAAAAAGGCUUGCCAUCAUUCUUUGCUGCUCUCCUCAGGCUCUCGAGAAGCGCAGCUGUGUGGAAUCGAUCACCUGAUCCGCUGGAGCCUAUCUGGUGCAAAUCAGCGACGGCCUUCGUGAAUAGCCACGCGGUUCGCUGUUGUAGCAAAGUAAGCACCAGAACAUAUGGCAAGUGGUGACAAUGGCAG